UGCAAGGAGUCGCCGCUAUUGGUUAUUGGACCUCGGCGGCGCAUCCCGAGUAUAAAAGCCCGAGCAUCUCACCCCAGGGCAUCAGUGUUCUCGCCGAUCCUCUCGCUAACGAACAUGACUUUCAAGUUGAUCGCGAUUUUGGGCCUGGUGGCCUUGGCCCACGGAGCGGUGGUCCCAGUGGCCCCGGCAGCAAUCUCAGCAAUCGCCGCCCCCGCGGUCGCAAUUCCCGCCAAAGUGGAAGACUUCGACGCAGCCCCCCAGUACAGUUUCGCCUAUGACGUCCAGGACGCCCUUACGGGAGACUCGAAGGCCCAGUACGAGACCAGGAACGGCGACUUGGUCCAGGGCAGCUACAGUCUGAUCGAGGCCGACGGGACCAGAAGGAUCGUCGACUACACCGCGGAUCCCAUCAACGGCUUCAACGCGGUGGUGAGCCGGGAGCCCGUCCUGGCAGCUAUCGCGGCUCCUGCGGUUCCAGUCGCACCCGCGGCCGCAGUCCCGGCUGCACCCGCCGGAACCGUUCCAGCGAUUCCUUCCAGUGGACCCGACUCGGACGUGGAGGUGGUCGAGGCCAGGUCCGGACCCUUGACCUCCCAGGCGCAGGGGCAGGCUCAGAACCAAGCCCAGGCUAGGUACCAGGCUCAGAAUCAGGCGCAGAGCCAGGCUCAAUCUCAAGCUCAGAGCCAGAGCAGAUUCGGCUCCCCUGCACCUGCACCUGCCAGGAGUGGAAACUUCGCCGCCUCGUCGCAACCUGCGGUCCCUGCUGCGGAAUUCCGCCAAGCGGCGCCCGUCGGCGGUCUCGCCGCUGCCCCUGCUCCUGCCGCCCUGACCUACCCUGCCUACCCUGGCUACCCUGCUUACCCUGCCUAUAGCGCCGCCUACUCCUCGCCCUUCGCAUAUGCCGCUCCCGUUGGCGGUCUCACCUAUGCAAAUGCCAUUUUUUAAACCUUCCCUCGAAACUUCUUCGGAAUACCUUUGUAAAAUACCAAUAAACGUUUUGUAAGCCCAUGUUAAUGCAGGAGUCGAUGGAGGCUUCUUGUUACUUACCGUUAAGCCGAAAUUUAGGGCACUGUUGAUUUUUAUCGUUUAUGUUUUUGAAAAAGGGAAUCAUGGGGAAACUGCAUACGUCUUUGUUAAAAGUUGUGAAUGCGGAAUGUUCUGAAAUUUCAAUUUAUAGGGUAUGAAAUCGGGUGAUAGAAGCGGCAGCGUAUGUUCUCGUUUUAAAAGCUGUUUGAUUAGCUCCUCUUUGAGAUUCGACUUCGCCCGAUUGAUUUACCUUGUUAUUUGCAGUUAGUUAUAUCGCCCAAGCUUUAUUCGAAUGAGUCAACAAUGUAGGUUUGUACAAAACAUACAUAUCCUUUCGCGAUGUACAGAAAUAUAGACAAGCAAAAAGGACGAUCGUCAUCUAAGCAUAUUUCUUUACAUUUACAAAAAUAAAUUGGACGUUAUAAUUCGUUAUGCACGACUUUAUAA